AGUCCGUUGUUAGGCCUUUGCAGUAGGGAGUUGUUUGGCGGACCCCGCAAGUUUUUCUUUACUUGGGACAUUGACUUUGUUUAUUUACGAAAGUAUUCUUUCUUUCGAUUUCUGGUAAUUUGGCAGCCUACCUGAUUUUUUGUCUGAGGGAACACAUAAACAAACUAUUUCGGGGCACGGUACACCACUACAACGCUACAGAAGGAAGGCAUCCUGCUCGGUGGAACCGCGGCGGAGCUUAUGAUGCCGACGUUGCGGGACAGCACCAUGUCCCACCCGGGCGAGAAUUCACACCAAGUCCGGGUCAAAGCGUACUACAAAGGGGACAUCAUGAUCACCCACUUUGAGCCGUCCAUCUCCUACGAGGGUCUGUACGGCAAGGUGCGGGACAUGUGCUGCAUGGACAACGACCAGCUCUUCACCAUGAAGUGGAUAGACGAGGAAGGUGACCCGUGUACUGUGUCCUCCCAGCUGGAGCUGGAGGAGGCACUGCGUCUCUACGACCUCAACAAAGACUCGGAGCUCAUCAUCCACGUGUUUCCAUGUAUACCAGAGAAACCAGGCAUGCCUUGUCCCGGGGAAGACAAGUCUAUAUACCGACGAGGCGCCCGGCGCUGGAGGAAGCUCUACUACGCCAGCGGCCACGCCUUCCAGGCCAAGCGCUUCAACAGGAGGGCCCACUGCGCAAUCUGCACAGAUCGGAUCUGGGGCCUGGGCCGCCAGGGCUACAAAUGCAUCAACUGCAAGCUGCUCGUCCACAAGAAGUGCCACAAGCUGGUCACCGUGGAGUGUGGGAGACAGGUGAUCCAGGAACCCAUCAUGGCUGGCUCAGAUCCUUCUCCAUUAGACCAUCCAGAACAACCAGGUCCUCUAAAUAAAGACUCCCGAGAGAGCCCAACCUACGAGGGAGAAGAGAAGGAGGCACGGAGCAGUCGAGAGACGGGGAAGUCGGCGUCCAGCCUGGGCCUGCCGGACUUUGACCUGCUGCGGGUGAUCGGGCGCGGCAGCUACGCCAAGGUGCUCCUGGUGCGGCUCAAGAAGACGGAACGCAUCUACGCCAUGAAGGUGGUGAAGAAGGAGCUGGUCAACGACGACGAGGACAUUGACUGGGUCCAAACGGAAAAGCAUGUUUUCGAACAGGCGUCCAAUCACCCCUUCUUGGUGGGCCUCCAUUCUUGCUUCCAGACAGAGAGCAGACUGUUCUUUGUCAUCGAAUACGUGAACGGCGGCGACCUCAUGUUCCACAUGCAGAGGCAAAGGAAGCUUCCAGAAGAGCACGCCAGAUUCUACUCAGCGGAGAUCAGCCUGGCACUCAACUACCUCCACGAGCGCGGCAUCAUCUACCGGGACCUGAAGCUGGACAACGUGCUGCUGGAGUCCGAGGGACACAUCAAGCUCACGGACUACGGCAUGUGCAAGGAGGGCUUGAGACCAGGAGACACGACCAGCACUUUCUGUGGCACCCCCAAUUACAUCGCCCCUGAAAUCCUGAGAGGAGAGGACUAUGGCUUCAGCGUGGACUGGUGGGCUCUGGGGGUGCUGAUGUUCGAGAUGAUGGCCGGGAGGUCACCCUUCGACAUCGUGGGGAGCUCGGACAACCCCGACCAGAACACGGAAGACUACCUCUUCCAAGUAAUAUUGGAAAAACAGAUCAGGAUCCCGCGGUCGUUGUCCGUGAAGGCCGCCAGCGUCCUCAAGGGAUUCCUCAACAAGGAUCCCAAGGAGCGUCUGGGCUGCCACCCGCAGACAGGCUUUGCUGACAUCAUGGGCCAUCCUUUCUUCCGGAACGUCGACUGGGAACUCAUGGAACAGAAGCAGGUGCUCCCUCCGUUCAAGCCCAACAUCUCCGGAGAGUUUGGCCUGGACAACUUUGACGCCCAGUUCACCAACGAGCCCAUCCAACUCACACCUGAUGAUGAUGACGUUGUCGAGAAGAUCGACCAGUCCGAGUUCGAAGGAUUUGAGUACAUCAACCCGCUCCUGAUGUCCGCCGAGGAAUGUGUGUGAAGGGACCCUGUUGCUCCUGCUUGCAAUCAUACACACGCACACACUCACUCCUACACUCGCAAACACACAUUUACACCGACGCGACCCCGGCCACCGGUUUGAGGGGUCACGCGUGGGCCCCGAAAGAACGCUUCCUUGCCAAAACCAUUUUCACGCUCUGCCAUUUAUAACCACUAGCCCUUAAGUCUAACCUCUCGUUUCUUAAUUAUUUUUGUAUCAUGUAAAGCAGCACUGUUACCAUUUCUGCUCGUGGAGGGGCCUUCUUUGUUUCGUGGCUGUUGAGGCUGCAAGGUGUUUCCAAGGUUACUGGAUUGGGAUUGUGAGGGACGGAGGGGAGGGUGAAAGAGUCAGACCACUGGACAUUAACUAUGUUCUCCCGCUUUCUCUUUCUCUCCUUCUCCCCCUCGUUUUGACAGUUUGUUUUCAACACUCAUUCUAUUUGUAUAUAUAUAAAUAUAUAUAUAUAAAUGUAACUACAAUUCAGGAUAUGCGAUAGACGAGUCCUUUUUAAGAAAAAUGUAAAAACAAGUCUUGAGUCCAUGAGCAUUCUUGUUGAUGGAUGGAUGAAAGGCGGAAAAAUAAAUACUCUUGUUUUAUUUUAUUUUUUAAACAACCAAUGGGUAACUAUCUAUACAUGUUGUGCCGGCCUGGUUAUCGGAUCUAAAAGAAAGGUUUGGCUUCCCCUUUAUCAGCGACGUGACGGACGAGAGGAGGUGUGAACCGGACAUAAAUAACGAGCAGAAAAAUGACAAACUGUGAAUGAAGGAGUAAACGACAGCGACCACAAGAGCAAUGGAAGGGCCAUAUAUACUGGCACGCUCAGCCGCUAAAUUUAGCAACGCUGGGGAUCUACACAAUUCACGGGUACGCCCGACCACAAACAUGUUUUCUGAGUAAGCGGUUUUGCCAGUUUGUUUUAGCAGGUACAGUAUCUAUAACCUGUAUAAAUAGGAAAAUGUGCUGUAUUGAGAGAAAUUUUAUAUAUAUAUAUAUAUAUAUAUAUAAAUAAAGAAUUAUGUUUUGCUUUUUUUUUUUUAUUCCAUGUCUUAAUUCUGUUCCAUUUGUACCAUUUAUAUUCUUCCCCCUGCGGCAACCAUUCCAUGUGUCUUUUAAUGUCAAUCGAAACACUACAUGACUGCUGAAAUCAAAGCUCAGCAUGAUGUCUGAGGUACCAAACGCUUUCACUUCACAUCUAUUGCUUGGGAGUCUGCAGUCGUCAGAGAUCUCCACAACCCCCCCCCCCCCCAAACAGCCUUUACAAAAACAACUGUCAUUGGCAUCUGCGGUACUCAGAAUGAAACCCUCCACUCUGAUCAUUUUAUAACCGAGAUAUCGUUUUCCUCACAGAGUUUUAAUCAAACUUCUCUGUAGCAUUUACAAUCUCCCCGGGAACUGUUCUUUUGCCCCUCACCUGGACUUGGGUAAAGAGGGCACAUUUACACCCUGCUUUUGGAGUCAAAAUGUAGUUUUACUUGUAAUAUAUUUAUGGGCUCACGUGGUGAACAGAGGAACAAGCACAUUGAAGAGUUGUUACAUUGUUUUCUUAUGUUUAUCUCUGUUUUUGUUUUGUUACAUUUUUUGUAAUCACAUUUUUCUUUUCUAUCUCUACGUUGAUUUGUAAUUUGUAACUUGGGUGACCCAUGUGGAAAAAAAUGAUUGUUUGGAUAAUAAUGCUGAUGUGUUUUUUGUUGGUCUGAGAUGAAUGCCAAUGAGACGCCAUUCUUUUAUCAAUAUUAUAUCAAGAGAUAAGGCAGAAGAUAAAAUAAACAUUUUAUUUCCCCCUUGUGAUA